AUGCAAACAAUACAGCUCAUAUACCUCAUAUGUGCACUAUUGGGCACAGCUCUUUGUGCGCCAUACGAAGCCUACCCAAUACCCAAACAGAUACCGCCGGUAGCGAGGACGAACCAGCAGUUCGUGUUUCAGAUAUCUAAUGAUACAUACAAAUCUAAUGUCAAUGACCUUGUGCAGAUAAGUUAUCAGACAUAUGACCUGCCAAAAUGGCUGACAUUCAAUACAGACAGCAGAACCAUACAAGGACUGCCGCCUUCUGACCUCUUUAACGGCGACAACCAGGUUCAAUAUUUCAAAUUCAUCUUAGAAGGUACUGAUGAGUCCGAUAAUAGCAAGCUCAAUAACACAUAUCAGCUUGUUGUGACAAAUAAACCAGCCAUAACACUUUCGCCGAACUUUAAUCUUCUGGCACUGCUGAAAAAUAGCGGAUACACUAAUGGUAAAAAUGGUCUCAUUCUGACACCUAAUCAGAUAUUUAAUGUGACAUUCGAUAGAUCAAAUUUUGAUAGUUCUGAUGAGAUAGUCGCAUACUAUGGCAGAACUGACCAGUACAAUGCCCCUCUUCCUAACUGGGUUUUCUUCGAUCCGGCCAAUUUGAAAUUCAGUGGUAGUGCUCCUGUGGUAAACUCACAAAUAGCACCUCAAACUGCGUACGAUCUAACGCUGAUAGCUACAGACAUCGAUGGCUACGCAGGCAUCGAGGUUCCUUUUGAAUUAGUUAUAGGUGCACACACACUGACUACCUCCAUUCAAAAUACUUUAGUGAUUAAUGUUACAGAGACUGGUAAUAUAUCAUACAAAGUGCCCUUAAAUUAUGUUUACUAUGAUGAUGCUCCUAUAACAACAAAUAAUCUAGGAAGUCUCAAUCUUGUAAACAAUCCGGCCUGGAUUAGAUUGAACAAUGACACAAUUGAAGGAACUGUACCACAGGACAUGAUCAAAUCUGCCAAUGGCCCUAUUGGUAAUUUCUCAGUUGUUAUAUAUGAUAUUAAUGGAGAUGUUAUCUAUCUAAACUUCGAAGUCGAGGCAACAACAAAGUUAUUUGCUACUUCAUCCUUGCCAAAUCUAAAUGCUACUAGAGGUGAAUGGUUCUACUAUAAUUUCUUACCUUCACAAUUUACUGACUUCGAUAACACCAAUGUUAGUGUAAAAUAUGAGGGUGACACUGAUCAUGACUGGUUGAACUUUGUUUCGAGCAACCUAACUCUCAUGGGAAGGGUUCCUCAGAACUUCCAACGACUAACCAUUGAUUUAGUGGCUCAGAAAAAUUCAUUAUCACAACAAUUACCAUUCACCAUCAUUGGAAUGGAUAAGUUAACUACCAACCACACAAAUAUAACAACAUCAGCCAAUGCUACCAAUUCAUCUACGCUGUACAGUUCAACUAGAACAUCAGCAACACAUUCUAAGACUAGUGAUGUAGAAGUGACUUCUACAUCAACCGAAUCCAGUUCAGCAGUAGCACCUUUGUCUAAAGCUUCUAAAAAACAUUCUACUAAGACAGCGGCAAUUGCUUGUGGUGUUGCUAUUCCUGUUGCAGUAAUAAUAUUAGUUGUCCUGGCAUUUUUAUUCUACAGAUCCAAGAAGAAAACCGAGCCAAAGGAUGAAGAAAAGACACCAAAUAUUAGUCCACCAAACCCAUAUAAUCCUGCUAAUAAUCCAAACAAGGCAGCUACAUCAUUGGAGAAUCCUUUUGAGGAUGAUAGUGAUGCCGAUUCUGCUAAGAGAAGGCUAGACAUGCUAAACGCUCUAAAACUCGAUGAUGCUUCAACUACUGAUUCAGAUACCUCCACUAUGGAUGAAAAGCGCAGCAAUAAGUCUGAUAUAUUUUAUGAUACCAAUAACACUAAUAGUAGAGACCUCCUGUUAGAACAUAAAGACACAAAUAGUACCUUCUUUGAGCCUAACAUCAGAUCGUCUUCCGUUUACGUGGACAGCAUUCCUGCACACAAGAAGUCCUGGAGAUAUACUUUGGCUUCAGCUAGAUCUAGCCACCAACCAGGAAACAUUAGAGACAGUUACAGCUCUUUGAAUACUGUUUCAACAGCAGAGUUGAUGAAUACCACAAUUUCUGAUGAAGCUGAUAUCCCUAAAGACCCCAGAAAAUCUACUCUCGGUUUAAGAGAUUCUGUUUUCUUGGAUAUGGGUAGUAAGAAAAAAGGCAAUUUAACAUCUUCACAAGGCAAUAGUUUUUCUAGUCAAAUGCUGUCCGAGAGCAGUGGUCACUCUAGUCAAAAUAUACCUCAUGAUACUAGUAUGAGAACUUUUGAGAGACCAAUAUUAGAGGAAGAGGCCAGUGACAAGCAUACACCGGGUACUGUGUCAAGCUCUUCCACAGAUGACUUUGUCCCUGUGAAAAACGGUACAUCGUAUGAAUGGGUGUCAAAGAAUAGUCCAAAUAGAAAACCAAGCGUUAAAAGAUUUGUUGACAUUUCUAACAGCAGUAAUAUCAAUGUAAGCCAGGCAGGUAAUUUUGAAGGACAUAGCCCAGAACAUAUUUGA